AGUGGCUCAGCGAACAGGGUGCCAAAUUCGAAUUUCAAGAUUUCAAAAAUUUUUAUUCAAGGCACGCGUUUCCAGAGAUUCGUCCUCGUCCUACUCCCUUAUUCAUUUUUUGUGUGUUGAGACGAAGAUGAGCACUGAGCACGUGUCAAAUGUCUAUUCUGUUGAAUCGUUACUCUCGAACGUGGAAAAGUCUAGUGUUUCACCAACAGAAUCAAUUGAAGAUAGAAAUGAGUUCAUGAUCACAGAAGAUGUGAUGAGUUCUUGGCAGAGAAUGGCCGCUACCAUAUCACUACAACAAAAGCUCCUCAUGAUGCAGCAAACAAUGCCCCGUCCUCCUCCUGUAAAUAUUCUUGGAAAUUUUCCAUUCGGAUUUCUCAACGCUCCCAUGUUCUGGCAGCAAUACCUGAGGAGUAUGGCAAUGGGUAUCAUCCCUCAGAACCCUGAAUCACCAUCAGCUUCAGUUUGGAAUCGAACACCGACACCUCCAGUGGAAAUCAAACCGUUUCAUUGCCAAAAAUGCACAAAAUUAUUUUCUACCAUAGCUGCUCUAGAGCAACACCAACAAGUACACGUCAGCGAUAAGCAAUUUGAGUGCAAGCAGUGUGGAAAAACCUUCAAAAGAUCUUCCACCUUAUCUACACACCUUCUGAUUCACUCCGACACAAGGCCGUAUCCAUGUGAAUACUGUGGAAAAAGAUUUCAUCAGAAGUCGGACAUGAAAAAACACACAUAUAUUCAUACAGGUGAAAAACCACACAAGUGUACUGUAUGUGGAAAAGCGUUCAGUCAGUCUUCUAACCUUAUCACCCACACACGAAAACACACUGGAUUUAAGCCAUUUGCCUGUGAUGUAUGUGGUCGGACGUUCCAACGCAAAGUGGACCGCCGUCGGCACCGCGAGAGUCACCAUCCGGGCCACCCCGAAGAAUGCGUGUCUGCUUCUCAAAUUUCAUCGGAUCUCUCCCCGAAAGGAUACAUGACACCUCCGACGAGCAACGGGUAUCUCGACUCUUCCGAUGAAUUUCUCAACGUGUUUAGAUUACCCGCCGAGCUGCUCGCGAUCAAAGCAGAGAUGGGCGAGGAAAUGGAGGAAGCUGAUGAUGAAGAGGAGAAAGUACUGAAUUUGAGCGUGUCAUAAUUUGUGUGAAAUUCUUGUAUUCAAAGGUAAUAAGGACAAUGAGAAUUGUGCUGGUUACCUUUGGUUUUUUGUAUUUAGUAAAAAAUUCCUUUCUAUCUACUGACAUUUUUCCUUACCUCAAUUUCAUUAACACAGUUCACAAACUCGAUGAUUGAUCUCUUAUCCUUAAACAAGCCUCAACAUCAAUUGUCAUCCUUUUUUCAAAACACAUACAUUAUGUACUGAUUAUUGUUUAUAUCGCUAAUGGUCAGACGUUUUAUACAUAUCUGUUCUUUUUCAGUUCCUUUUCCAUAAUUUUAUGGUAUUGCGAUGUUACACGCACAUAUGAUGUAUUUGCUUUUUUGCUUUAUUCAAAUUUCCCUUUUUUCAAUUAACAGUUGUUUUUUUCUGUCAUUUUUGAAAUGCUUUCGGUGAGUAGCCUAGCCUUAUUAAUAAACAAUGUUUAAUA